CUCAUUUGUGUUUUUGAAAAGGAAAAGAUACCAUGAGACCCUGUAUUUCAAUUUUUUAAUCUACGUUGUGAAAGAAUAUCCGCUGGAGGAGUACCGUCUUAUUCUCACUCGACAAAUAAAAGAAUCAAAGGAUUCUUUCUUGAUUCUUUUACUCCGGUGUGGAUUUCCCUUUAUCACUCCAUUCCUGGGUACGAGGAACAUUAGAAUACUGCUGGCUUUUUCUCCUGUCCUCCCAGUCCAUGGAGCUAACCCCAGCUCCAGGCUUCAAAAGGAGGCCUGCUGCCCCCUCUCCUCAUGGAAUUACAGAGAUUGUUAAGAGCCCUCCUCCAUUCUCCCCCUCAUCUUCUGCUUCGUCUCCAUCCUCCGGUCCAUCUUCGCCGUCUUCCACAUCCUCUUCCCCCAGUGCCGUAGUGACAGGUUACCAUAACGAUGUGAAGGAUCACGCCAAGGGGGCAGGGGCAGCCAAGGUGCCAAGAGACUUGGUAUCCUCAACCUCUGCUUCCCUAGCUUCUCCCUCUUUCUCAACCCCUCCCCCAACUAACUUAUCCUCUGAUCCCUCCUUCCGACUCAAAAUUGCCUGUCAGAGUGUGGAUGGGCAACUGGAGGGUGGAGCGCUGGAGGUAUAUGAUCCCUUCCAUCCUACUGAGGGAGAAAGGGACAGAAGGGUCGAGGAUGAGGAGGAGGAAGGUGAGAAGUAUGACCCCUUUGACCCAACUGGCUCACCGGCAUCUGAUGGCACAGAGGAGAGGGGCAGUGAUAUCAGAGAGGUUAGAGGGCUGAAGAGGAAGGCUGAGGUGGAGAGAGCCACAGAGAGGGGCGAUGAAGAGACAAAAAGGGAGCCUCCCCCAGACUCUACUGAUACACUCCCUUCAGUCUCCCCUCCAGCGGCAUCCCUCCCACUCACACUGAAAAGAAGGCUGGACCGGGAUCCCAACAGAACAAGGGAGCGUGGGAAAGACCGGGGGAGGAGGGAUGGUGCAGACUCUGACCUGUCUGAGAUCGAGGAGGGGGAGAUUGUUGUUGCCUCAGACAGAGAUGGCAGUGGCAAGAAAGCUGGGGGGGGUAUUCUUCCUCUCCCACUGCCGUCUGGUGGGCCCUUCUUCGGUGGGGAGCGGAUCCUAAGGGUGUUAGAUGGGGAUGGGUUUGUGUCUGUCUGCGCACAGGGUGACUGGGCUGGGGACAUGGAGCCGGAUGAGGAGCCUCUCAUUGUUGGGGUUGGGGACCUACGGAGGAAGCUGGUCAGCCGGCGGAAGGAGAGAUACCGCUCCUGUCCCACUUCCUCCUCUUUGUCUCCCCAGCCCCCACUACCACCUGCCCUCCCACCCUCCCCCCUGCCCUCCUCUGCCUCCCCUCUGCUGACCCUCACCCCUGAGCAGAGAAGCAAGAGCCGCAAGUCCUCCAAGAGUUCCAAGGACCGGGACCGGCGCAAGCACAAGGACAGGAAGGCAGGGGACAAGGAGGAGCGACGGAGGAAGAAAAAGAAAGAGAAGGAGGCGAGCCAGGACCAGAGUGAGAGGAACAAGGAGCGCCAACCAAAGAGUGACAGCAAAGAGAAAGGGAGGCGGAGACGCAGCCGCAGCAACAGCCGAAAGAGGAAAAAGAGAAGACAGAACAGCCCAGAGACCUCACGGUCCCACAAUCUGCCAGGAAGGGGUCCGCACACCCGACACUCUUUUUCAAGCCUUUCUGAAGAGCGCCACCGGGAUGGGGAACGGAACAGAGGCAAAGAGAGAGACCGAGACAGGGACCGAGACAGAGAGAGAGAGAGGGAGCGAGACAGAGACCAGAGCAGAAGCAGUGACCGAAGGCGAGACAGAGGUAGAGACUCCAGUCGCAGAAAGAGUGAUAGGGAGAGGGAGGGCAGGCAGUACUCAAGCAGCAGAGACAGGGACAGUUCCAAGAUUUCCAAAAGAAGCAGGGAACGAAGAGAACGGGAUAGGGAAAGGCAACGGGACAGAGACAGGGAACGUGACCGACGUGGAGAUGGUCGACCUGUGGUCCCACCGUCUAUACAGGACCUUAACGGUUCUGACCUUUUUGCCAUUAAGCGAACAAUCACAGUCACUACCACAACAACAACCACCACAGUCCCUGGCUCCCCACCACAUGUCCCGGCCUCCCCCCGUAGCCCCACACAAGACUCUGACAAACCCCACAAGAGGAGGAAGAAGAGGAAACGACACUCUGUUGACGAGGCGGAGGAUGACAGAAGUUGCCGGAGCCUGUCAGGAUCCAUUUCCCCACCUAGAUAUCAUAGCUACGAUUCGGACCACUACUCUGAUAAACUUGAGAUAGACAUGCUGUCAUUGGACGGUGAGGCCCUUGAUUCAGACUACCCCUCUUUGGAGGACACACCACCUGCUGCACUUCCCCCAGAACCCUCAGCCCCCAGCCCCAAAACUAAAACCACUUCAAAAACAACACGACAUCACCCAAUGAAGAAAUCCCACCCAUUAAAGAAGACAGGUCAGUUGGAAUUAUCUGCCUCUUCCUCCUCUCGGACUAAAACCAAAAGCCUUUCCUCGCUCUCGCCCACACACACCGCUUCAACUUCUGCCCCUAUCUCACCUUUGCUCCCUUCAGCCAAGCGGGGUAGAAAGCUAGGGAAGGACAAGGAGCGUGAAAAAAACAGUAGGAAAGAGUCCAGUCGCUCUAGCAAGUCCAAGAAGGAGAGUGGGGGCAACCGUAAAGGCAAGCUGCAAUCUAAAGUGUCAGUGCUUGUGCGGGAAGGUGUUAGCAGCACCACAGGGGCAUCGGCUGGCUCAGGGAAGCUUGGUAUGGAGCUACUAGGGGUGGGAGGUCCAGGAGGGAGUGCUGGGGGCCCUGUGGUGGGCGGUUCCAUUGCCGUGGUCUUCCGCAGGGACAAUGAGAGCAGGUCUCCAUUUCUCAAACCUUGCUCAGAGCCACUGUCACUGGGCAGCCGCACUAAAGAUCUCGGCAAGGUGGGCAAGUGCAGCUCCCUGGCUGCACCCCCUUCUUCCUCUUCAACUAGUCCUGCUGUGUUGAAAUCAGAGAAGGCAAAGCCUAGCUCCACCACAUCCACCUCUUCCUCUGCCUCUUCCUCCUCAUCGUCCUUGGCAACCAAGCGCCGGCGGCGACUGGGGAAGAAGACGAGAAACAAAGCCGGUGCUGGGGGAUUGGCAGAUGGAAAUGACAAUCAGUCAAAACCCAGCUCUGAGGGCUGGGGUGGAGUCUCUUCAGAGAAUCAGUCAGGAGUUGGAGGAGGGAACAAGUCGCUUAGUCCACAUACGGUCCCACCCGGCCCAACACCUUGCUCUUCCUCUUCUUCCUCCUCUUCCUCCACCAGUGUACCCCCACCCUCUACUUCGCCACCCCACACACCCCCUCCUUCCACAGCUCCGGCACGGGACACCAGAGAGUCCUCCCCAGACUCCCAAACAGUGGACAGCAGCUGUAAGACACCCGAGCCCUCCUUCCUCACUGAAGAUGGCCCCACACAGACCACCUUGAACCUGCCUCCCUCCAGUUCACCCGGCCUCGCCAACUCCCAGGGGGCAGGCCUUGGCAUUUCCCUGUCUGUGCCCAACGUGAAACUUCUCCCCCCCGAUGAUGGACCCAAAUCUCUGGCCUCGCCGCCUUGCUCCACCUCAUCCUCUUCCUCAGGCUCUGCCCCUGCAUCCCUGUCGCUCCCGCCAUCUUCAUCAGACCCCUCCUCCUCAUCCUCCUCAGUUUCUUCCUCAUCUACCAGCAAGCCCCCUCCUCCUCCCCCACCCCCUCCUGCAGCUCCACCUCUCCCUUGGAGUCUUCAGACGGGAGUGGAUUGUACAGCAGGAGGAGUUCUUGCUCUGACUGCUCUGCUCUUCAAGAUGGAAGAAGCCAAUAUCGCCAGUAGAGCCAAAGCGCAGGAAUUCAUUCAAGCAACCAGCCAGAUCCUCUCUCAGGCCAAUCAGAGCCACUCGCAGCAGCACGCUCCCCUCUCCUCAGCCUCCUCCUUAUCCUCACAGGUCCCACCCCCUCCAUCUCUGCCUCCACCUCCUGGCCCAAGCCCUGCCCAGUUCAUUCUGCAUGGCUCUCUGCCUUUGGGUGGCUGCACCAAAACUCCACCCUCCCAUUUGAAAUCUGGCAUGUCCAUAGGUGGAGGGUGUGCACAGACGCCACCUCCUCCCUUAGCUGCUGGGUUGUCGGGGGCAACUGGAAGCUCUGGCGAGUCUGGUUGGGAUAGUGAGAGUAAAGACCCUGAUAAGUACCUGAAGAAGCUCCAUACUCAGGAGCGUGCAGUGGAGGAGGUAAAACUGGCAAUCAAGCCGUACUACCAACGAAAGGAUAUCAACAAAGAUGAAUAUAAGGACAUUUUGAGGAAAGCUGUGCACAAAAUCUGCCACAGCCGAACUGGAGAGAUCAACCCCGUCAAAGUGAGUAACCUGGUCAAACUGUACGUCCAGCGGUACAAGUACUUCAGGAAGCACGGACGCAAGAUGGACGAGGAGGAAAGGGAGGAUCGGGAGCAGGGCAUAUUCCAUUCCUCCACCUGAUCAGUUAAUUGAGGGGUGGAUGCCCCCUCCUCUUGAAAAAACAAUGCAUGUGACCUGGCCCCACAGAUGCCACUGAGUGACUGAUUUUAUUUUGAUUGUUUUUAUAUUCUCACAUUCCCUUGUGCUGCCAUACGAUCUUGUAUACACCGAUCAUCCAAAACAUUAAAACCACCUACCUAAUGGUGUGUUGGUUCCCCUCAUGCUGCCAAAACAGCUCUUGACCUGUAGAGGCAUGGACUCGUUUUAAGUCCUGUAAGUUGCGAGGUGAGGCCUCCAUCGCUUAGACUUGUUUUUCCAGCACAUCUCACAGAUGCUCGAUCGGAUUAAGAGCUAGGGAAUGUGGAGGCCAAAGGAAUACCUUGAAUACUUUGUCAUGUUCCUCAAACCAUUCCUGAACCAUUUUUGCAGUGUGACAGGGUGCAUUAUCCUUCCGAAAGAGGCCACUGCCAUCAGAGAAUACCAUUGCCGUGAAAGGGUGUACUUGGUCUGCAACGAUAUUUAGGUAGGGUGGCACAUGGCAAAGUAACAUCCACAUUAAUGCCAGAACCCAAGGUUUCCCAGCAGAACAUUGCCCAGAGCAGCGUUUCCCCAACCCAGUCCUCAAGGAAACCCUAUCCUGCAGAUUUUCAUUGUAACCCUGCAUAGGUAGCCCUGCUUGUACUUACUCAACCAAUCACCUCACAGCACUUAAUUAUGCAAGGUGUGCAACAUCUGAAUAAUUCAUUGCUGAUUGGUUGAAUAACUACAAACA